UAGGAGACAAUGUUGUAAAACCAACAAACUUUGGAUCUUCAUAUCAUAUGAACUCAGAAGAAGCAAAGGAGAAGACGAAAGCUGAAGGCUGCAAUAAUCAUAUACCAUUCAUAUGUCAAAAACCCAACUGGGUUUUCACCAAAUUCCUUAACAUAUACUCUCUUUAAUACACCCCCAAAUCCAAGCACAGUUUUCUUUGAAUUCUCUGAGAUGAUUAUGAUGCAUCUGCAUGAUUUGAAGUAGCCAAGUCAAACGAAUUGGCUGAAAAUGCAGGAAUCACAGAAACAUAUAAUCCCAAAUGUUUCUCACGGAUGUGGAGAACAGCCUGUGGAAGAACCAGAGUCCUACUCUUGGCCUCCUAUCUACAGUGUUGACCACCAAGCAUCCUCUGAUGAGGUUAUACAACGAACACAGCUUUCAGUUCAAAACUUGGCACCGUACUGCACCCAUGAAUCUUCGUCAGGAACCAGUACUUACCACCCUGUUCACAGUUCUCCAUCUAGUAUAGGUUUCUCAGCAAAUGGAAGUCCAACAUCACAUCCAGAUUUGCAGAACUACCAGUCUUGUGGCUCUCCUGUCAACCAGUCUUGCUUAUCAAAUGAUACAGAUGACCUGGGGCACAAAAUGAGGGAACUGGAAAGUGUUUUGCUGGGAAAUGAUUUAGAUGCCUUUGAUAUGUAUGCCAUCACAGAUGAGCUUGGGCCUAACCAGCUUUCUUCAGAAGCAGAGAACUGGGAACAAAUGAUGGAGAUGAUCUCCAGAGGUGACUUGAAAGAGGUCCUUUUCGCUUGUGCGAAGGCAGUGGCAAAUAGUGAUAAGUCAACAACUGAAUGGUUGAUGUUAAACUUACGUAAGAUGGUGUCAGUUUCAGGUGAGCCAAUCCAACGAUUAGGAGCUUACAUUCUGGAAGGUCUUGUUGCAAGGUUGGCUUCUUCAGGAAGUUCUAUCUGUGCAGCCCUAAGAUGCAAAGAGCCUGCCAGUGCGGAACUCCUCUCAUACAUGCACAUGCUUUAUGAAAUCUGCCCAUACUUCAAGUUUGGGUAUAUGUCAGCCAAUGGAGCGAUUGCAGAAGCUAUGAAGGAUGAAAGUAGAGUUCAUAUAAUUGAUUUUCAGGUAGCUCAAGGCAGCCAGUGGAUUACUUUAAUCCAGGCUUUAGCUACUCGGCCUGGAGGACCCCCACAGAUUAGGAUCACGGGCAUUGAUGAUUCCACAUCAGCUUAUGCACGGGGAGGGGGACUUGGUCUUGUGGGACAGAGGUUGUCAAGGCUUGCAGAGUCAUGUAAGGUACCCUUUGAGUUCCAUGCUGCUGGAAUUUCUGCUUCUGAGGUUCAGCUUGAGGACAUUGAGGUUCGACCAGGAGAGGCAAUUGCAGUGAAUUUUGCCUUCAUGCUGCACCACAUGCCAGAUGAGAGUGUGAGUUGUCAAAAUCAUAGGGACCGGCUGUUGAGGCUGGUUAAGAGCUUGUCUCCCAAGGUGGUGACUCUUGUUGAGCAAGAAUCGAACACCAAUACAGCCCCUUUCCUUCCCCGUUUUGCUGAAACAUUGAGCUAUUUCAGGGCUGUCUUUGAUUCAAUUGAUGUGGCUCUGCCAAGGGAGCAUAAGGAGCGGAUCAAUAUUGAGCAGCAUUGUCUGGCACGAGAAAUUGUUAACAUUAUAGCUUGUGAAGGGAUGGAAAGGGUAGAACGUUACGAGCUUCUCAGUAAGUGGAAGUCGAGAUUUAUUAUGGCUGGCUUUUCACCUUAUCCGCUUAGCUCCUUAGUAAACGGCACUAUCAAGACUCUACUGCAGAGUUAUUCUGAAAAGUAUACGCUUGAAGAGAGAGAUGGAGCUUUAUAUCUUGGUUGGAUGAAUCAAGUACUGGUUGCCUCUUGCGCAUGGAGGUAAAAACACACAUGACUAUAUGCGUAUCAUGGUCCUUUGGAACCCCGAGAUAGAACUCUUCCUAAAUUAGCUUUACAAUGUUGUAAGAUUAUGCUUCCUCAGUAAUAAACUUUUCACUAAACAUCUUUAGACCUC